CUAGCUGCUAGUCAUGCAUAUGCUGAGCUCCCUACCCCUCUCCCUUUCGGCUUUGGAUUCCUUGCCACGCACGUCGCUCCAGAUUCACCCGGGCUCGGCCGCUCCACCGCCUUGAAUCGAACUGAAGCCUCGGCCACGCGGCGCACCAAGCAGAGCACUACUGCACCGAUCGAGCGAGCGAGCGUUCCAUGGGCAACCACAAGAAGCUCAUCCGCUUCCUACCCGCCGACCCGGCGGCAGCGGCCGCAGCUCUGUCGUCGCCCAGGUCCUUGUCGUCCAACUCCUCCGUCUCCGACGACGACGGGUACAGCUCGUCCUCCUUCCCCGCCUCCACAGCGUCCUCGCCGUCGCGGUACAGCCUGUCGACCCCGCCCAAGUCGCCGUGGGUGCACCUCCCGGGCCUCGGCGCCGACAACGGUGACGCAGCCGAGACCACCACAGGUCUCAUCGCGUCGCUGGCCACGGAGGACGGGAAGGUCUACUCGCUGGCCGCGGCGGGGGACGUGCUCUACACCGGCACGGACUCCGCGAACGUGCGGGUCUGGCGGGACCGUCGGGAGCUCACGGGGUUCCGCACGGGAAGUGGCCUCGUCAAGGCGAUCGUCGUGGCCGGCGACGGCCGCAUCUUCACGGGCCACCAGGACGGGAAGAUCAGGGUGUGGCGCGCCGACGCCGACGACCCCGCCGUGCACCGCCGGGUCGGGUCGCUCCCCGCGCUCGGUGACUUCUUGAUGGGCUCCGUCAACCCAUCGUGCUACGUCGAGACGCCGCGGCGCGGGAGGAGCCGGCGCCGCGGGGUGUGGCUCCGGCACUCGGACGCCGUGUCGUGCCUCAGCCUCGACGAGGACGCCGGGCUGCUCUACUCUGGGUCCUGGGACAGGACCUUCAAGGUGUGGCGCGUCUCGGACUCCAGGUGCCUCGAGUCGGUGCCCGCGCACGACGACGCCGUCAACACCAUCGCCGCGGCCGGGUUCGACGGCCUCGUGUUCACCGGCUCGGCUGACGGGACCGUCAAGGUGUGGCGGCUGGAAGCGGCGGAUCCGAAGGGCGACAGGACGAGGAACGUCCUGCAGAGAGUGCUCGGGAAGGGCGAAAGCGCGGUGACCGCGAUCGCUGUGUCCCCCCAGGCGCGCGUCGUGUACGUCGGCUCGUCCGACGGGCUUGUCACCUACUGGCGGUGGGGGCUCGACGGCGAGGCGAGGUACGACGGUGUGCUCGUGGGCCACAAGAUGGCAGUGAUGUGCCUCGCGGUGUCCGGUAGCGUUAUCGUGAGCGGCUCCGCCGACAGGACGCUCUGCGUGUGGCGACGCGACGACGGCGCGGAGCACAUCCGCCUCGCCGUGCUCGUCGGGCACACGGGGCCCGUGAAGUGCGUCGCGCUGGCGGACGAGGACGAGAACGACGCUGACGCCGAGCGGCGGUUUGUCGUGUACAGCGGCAGCCUCGACGGGUCGGUCAAGGUGUGGCGCCUGUCGGAGGAGCACGCGCUCGAGCCGGCGCCGGCCGCAGAGAGCUUACAGUACCAUUGAUGCCACGACGGGGCCGGAGGCAUGAACACCCCGGCCGGCGCUGCCGUCGCCGGUGCAAUCGUUUGAGCUGAAGCGUGCGGCAGCUGCCAGAACACGAAAUCAGCUGCACCUGAAUGGAUUAAGCCCGCACCGCGUGCGAGCUCGCACGAACAACGUGCUGCGCGCACUUGUACAGUAGGAGAGUAUACUAGAGUGUGUACAUGUACGUAAGAUAUACGGUAUCCGUAUGAUUAGCUAGGAAUUUUGAGGGGCGAAAUCAAAUGUGUCACGUCAAAAUCCGAUUAAUGUCAGAAGAAACGGGCAAUUGGUUUGAUAGUGAGAGACUGAGAGCUGUCUACGGAUUAUUCUUUGUGCUUCGUCUUCGUGUUAAUUUCGGGUGAAGGAGAUGUACAAAUGGUUGGUUUUGUC